GUCACACAGCAACUGACUCAGAGUGGAAGAAGAAGAAGACGAUAUUUUUUCCACGACGAAACGAAUUUAAUUUUAUAAAGUGAUACGCCUUUGCUGCUGCCCGAAAAGCAUUUAGAACGUGUGUGCAACGAGCAUUAACUGUAGAGAACAGCGAAAACGCAGGGCUACGCAUGCAAUAGGAGCCACUGAAACCCCCUGGCCCAUCCCAGUAUCAACAAAAGAGGGGAGAGAGUGCGCAAGAGAGCGAAGAGAGAGGUCAGCAAACCCGCAAUUAAAGAAAAGUAGACACGUACGAUAGUUGCACAGGCGGCGUACGUAGAUCGAAGAAAGCAGAGCAGAGCAGAGACGAUACGAGACGGAGACACCAGAGCAACAAAAAACCAUGUCAUCCGGCGACUUUGGCAAUCCGCUCAGGAAGUUCAAGUUGGUUUUCCUGGGCGAACAGAGUGUGGGCAAGACGUCGUUGAUUACACGCUUCAUGUAUGACAGCUUCGACAACACCUACCAGGCGACCAUCGGUAUUGAUUUUCUAUCCAAGACCAUGUACCUCGAGGAUCGGACAGUGCGCCUCCAGCUGUGGGAUACGGCGGGCCAGGAGCGCUUCCGUUCGCUAAUACCCUCCUACAUACGCGACUCAACGGUGGCUGUGGUCGUCUACGACAUCACCAAUACGAACUCAUUCCACCAGACGUCCAAGUGGAUAGAUGACGUUCGCACAGAGCGCGGCAGUGAUGUCAUCAUCAUGCUGGUCGGCAAUAAGACGGAUCUGUCCGACAAGCGACAAGUCUCCACCGAAGAGGGGGAGCGCAAGGCGAAAGAGCUGAAUGUGAUGUUCAUUGAGACCAGCGCCAAGGCCGGCUACAAUGUGAAGCAAUUGUUUAGACGCGUGGCGGCGGCGCUGCCCGGCAUGGACUCCACUGAGAACAAACCCUCCGAGGACAUGCAAGAGGUUGUGCUUAAGGACUCGCCCAACGAGACGAAAGAUCCCGAAGGCGGUUGUGCAUGCUAGAACUAGAUUUCUAGACACGAACCCAAUCCAAGCCCCUCCAUCCUCCGCUACGACAACAACAACAGCAUAGCAAUUCCACACGCACACACACACAGACGCUGGAAACGGGUGUGCGUGUACACACACAAGGUGUAGUGUAGGGUGUCAUGGUGUAUGUGGCUGGAUCAAGCAGGGCAGAGGAUGAGAAAAACACCACACACACACACAUACAAUUUUAUGUUUAAGUUUAUUUAUAAAGUAAAAAAUGAUAGCAAAAAGCAGAAAAUAGACUAAAACCAACAAACAAUUAACGAAAUCGGCUAACUAAUUAAUGUUAAUUAAAUAAUGCAAUGCAAUAUUAAGCGAGCUAAUCCUGAGGCAGGCCCAAGAUGCAUAAGGCACACCAACCCCAAACCACUCGUUGUAAUGAGUAACUCGUUCCAUACACACUCACCCGUUCCUCCUGCAAAGACCCGAACCCUACUCAAUUAUAUUUUUGGCACGCAAAAUCCUCACGCUUUAAAGUACUUAAAUCAGGCCAAGCGGUAGACGAAGAUCAGUACAGAAUACAACAUUCCAAUUUGGCAGCAAAAAGCAUGAAUACCACUGAGAGCCAGCCCUGUGUUCAAGAUGAUGAUUCCACGGCUAAGCAAAUAGUUGUUUUGUUCCAUUUAUAGCCCCCCGUUCUGUUUGCGGCUUUUACUUGGGUUUUUUAUAGCAAAACAAAAAACCAACUGGAAACCUUUUGAUGGCAUAGGACUUGGCCACGUGCAUCUUAUGAAUAAAUAUAUAAAGAUAUAUAUUAUAUGUAUUUUUAUGACAAAAAUAAUAAAAAAACAGGCAGACAGGCUGGCAGGCAGCACCAAGCACCUAGGCAGAGGGCAGACGGCAGACGACAUUUAAUAUUAUUAUUAACGAUUUUUGCUUCGAUUAGCGAGUGAAAAAAUUUGUGCAUUUUUUACGCGAAAAGCAUACAAAUGGCUUACAAAAUUGAUAAUUGAAUAAAA